AUGACAGCUGAUAAAGGCGUCCGAGGGGGUGGGUACGGCGAUCUAUCUGCUCUGCGAGUUCGACUGCAAAACACGAAAACAUGUUUAUCAAGCCCCUGCCUGAAUGGAGGAACUUGUAUUUCUGAUCCAAACGAACAAGAGGACUAUCAGUGCACUUGUCCAUCUGGAGUAAGUGGAGAUUUAUGUGAAGAUGUGCCAGUGAAUACGGAACUGACGUGUAACUUUGAGGAUGACAGCGUUUGUUUUCUGCAGCAGGCACGGGACGAUAGCUUUGAUUGGACAAUAAGAGAGGGUCCCACGGCAUCUUCUCCAACAGGUCCUUCAGGGGCCUAUGAAGGCAAACAUUACGCCUACGUGGAAACAUCGGGAUUAAUAAAGGAAAACGACGUGGCUAGGUUAACAACCCAUCCUAUGAACUUUGAAGAGGGUGACCGCUGUCUGAGAUUCAAGUACCACAUGUACGGAUACAGCACUGGUAGUCUGUAUGUGUAUUACGGGGAAUCUGAAAUGUUCGUUGAGACUGGCGAGCUAGGAAACCAUUGGAACAAUGGAAGUGUCGAUAUUCACAUGUCUGGUCCUACUCAGCUGACGAUAUCUGCUGUCAUAGCAACAGAUCGAGGGUUUGGAGAUACUGCUAUCGAUGACGUCAGACUAGUUCCUGGCAAUUUUUCAAAUUCUAUGUCAAAUGACUUAGUUUAA